GGGAUCGCGAUGGUGGAGCGCGGGCGGGGCGGCGGUGGACGACGAGGCGGGGUCGGGCUCUACGGAGCGGCUGCCUCCGUUUUGGCAGGGCUGGAAAACGGGGAGGGGUCCCUGAAGUCCCUCGUGUACGGAAGCAGCUUCCAGAACCCUCGGCCACUGUACGCUCUCAUUUCGCAGACCCUGCGCUAUUCUGAUGUGCUGGACUCUAUCUUGGGCGCUGCUGAUUUGCUCCGCAUUGAGAAGAAGUUGCAGCCACACCUGGCUAAGGUGCUGGCGUAUGACUUGCUGUUUGGCAAGGGGCUGCGUGGCGGAGGGCGCUGGAAGGGCGUGGUGCUUAAGCACCAAGCGCGGCUAAAGGCCGAGCUCGCUCGCUUGAAAGUCCAGAAGAAGGUGAGCCACAAUGAAGACCUCCUGCCACCCUCAGGACGAGCCAAACAAGCCCCUCAGGUGCCACGCUAUGUCCGGGUGAACACACUGAAAACGCACCUGGACGACGUUGUGGAUUACUUCAAACGGCAGCAGUACUCAUACCAGGGCAAGACUGGCAGCAUGGAGGAAGUGAGCUCCUUGUCAGGAAAGAAGUUCUUCCUGGAUCCCCACCUUCCUGAGCUGCUGAUCUUUCCUCCGCAGACGGACUUCCAUGACAAUCAGCUGUACGUGGCUGGGCAUAUCAUCCUGCAGGAUAAGGCCAGCUGCCUCCCCGCUUUUCUCCUCAACCCGCCACCAGGGUCCCAUGUGAUCGAUGCCUGUGCUGCCCCCGGUAACAAGACCAGCCACCUGGCUGCUAUAAUGAAGAACAAAGGCCGGCUCUUUGCCUUCGACCUAGAUGCCAAGCGCCUGGCCACCAUGAGCACGAUGUUGAUGCGGGCAGGGGCCACCUGCCACCAGCUGGCGCAUCAAGACUUCCUAACCACGGACCCUGGUGACCCCAAGUUCAGACAAGUGAGAUACAUCCUUCUGGACCCCUCGUGCAGUGGCUCAGGGAUGGCCGGCCGAUUGCCAGUGGAGGAGAAUGCCCCUCUCCCGGAGCGGCUACAAGCACUGGCUGGAUUUCAGAGGAAAAUGCUGGCUCAUGCCUUGAGCUUUCCUACCCUCCAGCGCCUGGUCUAUUCCACAUGCUCGGUACACCAGGAGGAGAAUGAGGAUGUGGUAUGGGAUGUGUUGCAGCAGCGGGAAAAAGACUUCAGGCUGGUGAAAGUCCUGCCCUCCUGGUCCCAUCGCGGUUCAGGCACCUUCGCUGAGGCCAAGUUCUGCCUCCGGGCAUCUCCGAAGGAAACUCUGACAAACGGGUUCUUUGUUGCGGUGCUGGAGAGGCGGCAUGCAGGAGCCUCUGAGGAAAGCUCCGCAGCUGUGCUCCCUGAGGCUGAAAACAGUGCCGAAGGAGACUCCUGUCCUGUUCCCAAGAAGAGGGCGAAACAGGCAAGAGGGCAGAAUUUAAUCUCCUCUGUCAGAUUGGGGGCAGACAUGGAGAGGGGUGUAUGCCACAUGCGCAUGCUGGCGCCAGGUGCUGGUGGCCCCAGCAGAGAGAAACGCGGCAGGCCGGUGGUGCCCCUCUCCAUGCCCGCGCUGGCGCCUUCCCUCUCCUUGCGCCUGGGGCAAGUGCCCCUGCCAGACCCCCCUCCCCAAGAUCCAGCCCUGAUUGGGGGAGAGACAUAA